AUGCCAAGGCUUGAAAACACCUCCGGCGACCUCCACGGCGGGGAUUCAUCCGGAAGCAGGUGGCUCUUAUCCCCAAUCCGCGACCGGCAGGCGCUGCUCUGCGAGGCCUGUGAGAGCGCCCCCGCCGUCUUUCUCUGCAAGGCUGACGCCGCCUCCCUAUGCACCGCCUGCGACGCCGAGAUCCACUCCGUCAACCCCCUCGCUCGCCGCCACCACCGCGUCCCCAUAUCCCCUCCGGCGGAGGAGGAUGACGAGGUGGCGUCGUGGCUGCUCCUGAACCCGCUCAAGGGCGGCGGCGACCCGGCGGAGUUUUGUGGGGAGGUGGUGGACGAUUACUUUGACCUGGGAGACUUUGGAUCGUGCCACGUGUCCGGAGAAGGCAAGUACAACGACGGCGGCGAGCAGGGAUACGCGAACGGCAGUGCAGUUCAAGAUAAGGGCGGCUUUGGCGGCGGUGAUAGGGUGGUGCCUAUACAGUUAGGGCUGGAUUAUGAGUCUUCAAACGUGGGAUAUGGUUAUCCGGCCACGAUACCUCAUACCAUUUCACUCUCGCCGUUGGAUGUGGAUGCAGUGCCCGAAUCGACGAUGAGCGGAAACUUGGACCCCCACACGAGGCCGCCGAAUAGGGCCAUCGACCUAUUCACGGGCCCACUAUUGCAAAUUCCGGCCCAACUCAGCCCAAUGGAACGUCAGGCCAGGGUGCUGAGGUACAGAGAGAAGAAAAAGACGAGGAAGUUUGAGAAGACGAUUAGGUACGCAUCAAGAAAGGCGUACGCGGAAACUAGGCCACGGAUCAAAGGCCGGUUUGCGAAGAGAACCGAAAGUGUUGACGUCGAAGUUGAUCAGAUGUUUUGUUCAUCUGUAAUGGGGGAAGUUGGAUAUGGCAUUGUGCCUUCAUUUUAA